AAAUUUGCACAUACUAACACUCCUCUUCCUCAACCUCAAACAGCCGACAGCAUGAACAACAUAUAUUUUUUCCUCGUUUUGUUAAUCGCAUCUACUUUUCUGAUGACUACAACGGUCACAGCUGUUCCUGCCCUAGUAAAGCGAGAUUGCUCAAGCUUCACCAUUAGUUAUCCAGCUGGCGGUGAAACAUUAAAGUAUGGUAGUAAUCAAAACGUCACCGUCCAAAUCGGCUCAUCUGGAGUUUAUGUGAUCACAACCGUCUCCAUAUACGAUAGUGAUUAUAAUUUUGCUAGUUCAUUAUUUGGAGACGAAGCACCAGUGGGUGGCAAAAGCGAGGUUACCGUAUCGUUUGAUUUAAACGGCAACUUUUCGCCUGGAGAAUAUCAUUACAAAGUAGAGGGAUACUAUACUCCUACAUCAGCUUGCUAUACGUUCACAAUUGGCACAAUUGCUAGUAAACCGAACAUUACAGAAACGACUGUUUCGUUCGACGUAAGUCUUUCACAGUAUGUAAAGACUAAUACAGAAAGUCCAUGCCAACCUUUUACGGUAACAGCCUUUCAUUCAACAAAAAUCAAACAUCUAUUAAAUCGCACAAAAGUUCAUAAUGUCGGCUCUCGAGUAAAAAUCGAAGACGCUGUGGAACUGCAUAACAAUAUUAUAUGUGAAUUGCAACAUGCGACGUUUGUUAUUCCGAAAAAUACCACCUCCAACGACACCAACACUGCAGUCUCUCCUCCGUCGUCUCGCCGGGCCACUAUUGUCCGAAGCAUCGCAGAACAGUCACCCCCACCAAAAAAACAAAACUCGUCAAUUCUUCCACCACCCUCUCAAGUAGCACCGCGUCGGAAACUGAGUCAAGCGGCUCCAUGCAAAUUGAGGACAUCAAUCCAAAUGAAGACG